AUGGGGAUCUGGGACAAAGAUCAGUGUGUAAAGGGAGAUCCUGUGCACGGCCCUCAGAACGUGGAGAUUGUGGACAUUCGGGCCAGGCAGCUGACCCUGCAGUGGGAACCCUUUGGCUACGCAGUGACCCGCUGCCACAGCUACAACCUCACGGUGCAGUACCAGUACGUGUUCAACCAGCAGCAGUACGAGGCUGAGGAGGUGAUCCAGACCUCUUCCCACUAUACCCUGCGGGGUCUGCGGCCCUUCAUGACCAUCAGACUGCGGCUACUGCUAUCCAACCCUGAGGGCCGGAUGGAGAGUGAGGAGCUGGUGGUACAGACCGAGGAGGAUGUUCCAGGAGCUGUUCCUCUUGAGUCCAUCCAGGGAGGGCCCUUUGAGGAGAAGAUCUACAUCCAGUGGAAACCUCCCAAUGAAACCAACGGGGUCAUCACACUCUAUGAGGGUUUCGCUAUGGUGACUGAGGAGGUGGCUCAGCUAAACAGCCUGGUGUGCAAGUAUGAGGACUUGCCUGGAGAUCCCUGGCAACCAUGUAACAGCCAGGCAUGA